AUGACAAUUCAAAUGCAUCUGUCCCGCUCUAUCCUCCUCGCUUCACAAGCGUGUGUUAAUCCGCGGAAGCAGAGACGCGAGAGAACAACGUUCACUCGCGCGCAGCUUGACGUCCUAGAAGCUUUAUUUGGCAAAACUCGGUACCCAGACAUCUUUAUGCGUGAGGAAGUCGCUCUAAAGAUAAAUCUGCCCGAGUCCAGGGUUCAGGUGUGGUUCAAGAAUCGACGUGCGAAAUGUCGUCAGCAGCUCCAACAACAAACCAACACUCAGAUAUCCAGUAAAUCAUCAUCCAGUUCCAAAACCAUAUCAUCCAGUAACACAAUCAAAAGCAGUUCCUCAUCUAAAAUCUCGACAUCCAAGACUUUAACCAGUUCAAGCUCGAGUUUAACCACGCCUAACUCUUCCAGCAUCACAACUUCUUCCCCAAAUCUCCCCAUCACACCAACAACGUCAGUUAGCCCUCCGAUCAAUGUCAUCUGCAAGAAAGAAUCAGCCCCUAACUAUGACACAUCACCCUUAAACAAAAACUUAUCCUUACACCACUAUAACUCAAACGACCUGAGGAUCAGUGGAAAGGAUUCGUCACCAUCAGAUACUCUCAACGUUCAUUCUUAUGGGGUCACACCGAAACAGGAGUUGUACUCGAGUCCAAAGAGGUUAGAUUACUCUAGCAAAGUGGACUAUUCAGAGAAAAGUUUUGGCAGUAACCUAGUUAAAGACCAGUACAGCUCGCGUCUGACCGGUAACCUGACUCCGUUAGGGUCUAACUCCUCUAUAAUGACGACUCCAUCGCCCCCAAUCACUCCUCAAAGCAUCAACGGUCCAGGGAACGUGUACCACCCGGACAGCUACAACAGCUUCCACUGGCCGGGCAGCUCGGAUUAUAUAAGGAGCUACUCGAGCUCGCAUCAUCACCAGGGUUAUGGGCAGAGCGCGUAUAACUCCCCAUAUUAUCCUAGUCAGAUGGAGUACUUUAACGGUGCUUCAGUGAAUCAGUCUCACGGCAGUCAUCACGGCCACAACCUGACAUCGAACGGCAACCAGCUCUACAACCAAGUGUCUUUCGGAAACCCCUCACCACCGGCCGCCUGGCCUUCACACAACAUCCUCUCCUCGGGCCCAGAGUCGCCAGAGAACCAAUCCCAAAACUCCCCACAUCUCAGCAUGCUUCAAGCAUCACAGAUCACGAACUUUUCAAACUCUGGCAACAGUUACUUCGCGCCCGAAAAAUACGGCAUAAAUAUGGUGUAG